AUGUUCCCAAAGGGCCCAUUUUCCUGGUGCCCUGCAACACUGGAUGACAUGCCAAUUGACCUCCGUGUAGACUUGGAAAGCCAGGCAGCGAGGCGUGCCAGAUUACUUCGUGUGGAGAAUGGCGGUGCAGUCGUGGGAACCUGGCACUACGAGCUCGUGACCGCACUGCAAGUAAAAAAAAACCAAGUUCAGCCACAUGGGGAUCACAUUUCAGUGGCUGUGGUCUUUCACAAUGCACUGCUGGAAUGGCAAAACUGUCUCAUCCUCCGCGAGCGGAAGACGGACAAUGGACUGGCCUUGUUAGUCACGACGGUCGGGUUGACUGUGGAAGACGCCAAGGUCUUAUUGGAAUGCAACUAUGUCGGCGCUGCACGGAUAGCGAAGGAUGAGGACGAGAAGCCAAGUGCGCGGACGAUCAUAACAGAGUUUCAUUUCCGCAGGAGGCGGAAGUGCGUAUUGGCCUGGAAUCGGGGCGAUCUGAAUGUUGAGCAAAAAGCAGCGGAGACGGUGUACUCAGAAGCUUUGAGCGCUCUGGAACGAGAUCUGGGCAAGGACCACGCCAUUGUCAUUAUCACGGCGAAGAUGCUAGCUAGCGUCCUCUUGAAUAAAGGGGAUAUUGCUGCUGCAGAAGAAAUACUUUCCAACAUCCUUCCACACUUACAGCGGCUUGCAGGUCCGAGCCAUCUGACGUUGACCACGAGGUACGAUUUGUCUCGAGCCCAUGUCUCGCAGCGAAGGAUUACUGUUCCAGGUCCCAUGCUUACCCUGAUGGAGGAUAUCCAAGGGUACCUGGGACAAGAGCACUGGUUGACCAGGCUCACCGCUUUCACGACAGCCGGGUUCUAUUUUAUGAAGAAGGAACAUGCGAGUGCAGUCCCGCUUCUAGAGAGCGCAAAGCAGCGGUGUACUACGCAGGACACGCCCCAAGAAUUUCUGGCUGCGUGUGCUAAACGCGAUCUGGGCAUGGUUUACAGUAUGCUCGCGGGCUUGAGAGACUAUGUGGCCCUCAUUCAUCUUGAAACUCGGGAAAUUGUUGGCAAGCUUGGACGGCUUUACGCGAAACCUCUGCUGCGCUCAAGCCAUGAGGUUCCGAUUUCUCAUGUGUACCGUGCCGUUUAUGGACUCAAAGAGUUAUUGGAGCGCUACGGAGAUGUCCCAGGCUCAAAGGGCCGAGUCAAAUGGGCCCUUCCUGAUUAUAAGACGGAAUUCGGAAUUGACAGCAACGACACAGGUGAGCGUGUCAGUCCAGGUGUGAACAAUGGCGACACUUACCUUGAGGAAAAUGAGAUCUUGGUCCAGAAUAAAGCCAUCGCACUGAGGGAUGAUCUAGAUUCAAUAGAAGACAACGGUUCAGACUCUGAGGAAUAUGAUGAACUGGGAGAAGCAAGCGACGUUUCCGGGGUGGUGGUACGUGUUGGCAGCAGAGAGGGCCCAUUCAAGGAAGGGGACCGUGUGAUGGGUCAGGUUGUCUAUGCAUCGACUAAGGCUCAGCGUCAUGCUGGACGCCAGCAUUACACCGUUCUGUUAACCCAUAUGACCGCCCAAAUUCCGCGAACGCUUUCGUUCGAUCGUGCUGCCGCUCUUCCCUCCAGUGCGUCGGCUGCCGCGGCGGCUUUGUUUAGCAAAAGCCACCUGGGGCUCGAUCUCCCAUCUGUGCCUUUUAAGCCUCCUGGAGACAAAUUUGUUCUUGUCUUGGGGGGGGGGACGACAAGUGUUGGUUGCAGUGCCGUUCAGCUGGCUGUUGCUGCUGGCUUCAGGGUUAUUGCCACUGCUUUGCCGAAGGAUUUCGACUACACGCACGGAAUAGGAGCUACCUUGCUAGUUGACUGCAGUAGCCCGACCUUGGUAGAUGACUUGACACAGGAGCUCAGUGGCAAGCAGGUCGUUGGUGCCAUUAACACCAUCGGAUCGCAGGGAAAGAUGGACAUAUACGGUAUGGAUGUUGUUGCAGCGCAUGACAUAGAAGCUGUAAACAUCAAGGACGAUGAUGACCUCAGCCGGCGUAUCUAUGGGUUCUUACACAUAGCGUUGGCCGAGGGACGAUACGUUUGUGCACCGGACCCGGGCGUCAACCUCACUACGACGGCUGUGCAGGCGAGCCUCGAAGCGCACAGAAAGGUAAUAAUUGCGCUAUGA